GUUCCGCUUCCCCCUCCGGCUCCUGCCGCCGCCGCCUCGGUGGGUCCCGCCGCCGCCAUUGCUGAGGCGCCGUGUGGCGGCCGCGCCCCCGUUCAGCCCCUCCGUCCCCCGAGGCGGCAGGCGUCGCCGCCGCCCCAGCCCGGAUUCAGGAUAUCAGAAUUGAGGAGAAGCAAUUUCUGGCUCAAUUCAAGGUGCUGCUGAAAAGGGUCUCUCAUGGAAAGGAUCUCCCUCUCCUGCUAUGGGCAGGUGACAUCAGUCCGACAGCCCGGAGGGUUCCUAAAAUGCUAGCAGCAAACACUCUGAAGGUGCUGGAGGAGAAAGGACCAAAGGAAUUAAAAGAACCUGAGAAGGUUUUCCUUUAGAUGACAAGCUCUUGGAAGGUUGACCGCUUCUAAAGUGCUUUCACUAGCUAUUGAGAACCAUGUCUGACAACGGAGAACUGGAAGACAAGCCACCAGCUCCUCCUGUCCGGAUGAGCAGUACUAUCUUCAGUUCAGGGGGCAAAGACCAGUUGUCUACCAACCACAGCUUGAAACCCCUGCCCUCUGUACCAGAAGAGAGAAAACCUAGGAAUAAAAUCAUCUCCAUAUUCUCUAGCACUGAAAAAGGAAGCAAGAAGAAGGAAAAGGAAAGGCCAGAAAUCUCCCCCCCAUCAGAUUUUGAGCAUACCAUCCAUGUGGGCUUUGAUGCUGUUACUGGAGAGUUCACUGGAAUGCCAGAGCAAUGGGCUCGGUUGCUUCAGACCUCAAAUAUCACGAAGCUAGAACAGAAGAAAAACCCCCAGGCGGUACUAGAUGUGCUGAAAUUCUACGACUCCAAAGACACAGCAAAACAGAAGUAUCUGAGUUUUUCUGCUCCAGAAAAAGACGGUUUCCCUUCAGGAACGCCAACGACCAAUGCCAAAGGUUCAGAGCCAUCAACAGCUGUGGUAGAUGAUGAUGAGGAUGAUGAAGAAGCUCCUCCUCCUGUUAUUGCUCCACGGCCAGAUCACACAAAAUCGAUUUACACACGGUCUGUCAUUGACCCCAUCCCCGCACCAGCCAGUGACACUUCCGUUGACAGUGCGACGAAAUCGGGUGAUAAGCAGAAAAAGAAGACAAAAAUGUCGGAUGAAGAGAUCAUGGAAAAACUACGCACUAUUGUGAGCAUAGGAGAUCCCAAGAAAAAAUACAACAGAUAUGAAAAAAUCGGGCAGGGGGCUUCAGGUACAGUUUUCACAGCUAUUGAUGUGGCAACAGGGCAGGAGGUUGCUAUUAAACAGAUAAACCUGCAGAAACAGCCCAAGAAGGAGUUGAUUAUUAAUGAGAUCUUGGUAAUGAAGGAGCUAAAGAACCCCAACAUAGUCAACUUCCUGGACAGUUACCUCGUAGGAGAUGAAUUGUUUGUGGUGAUGGAGUAUCUAGCUGGGGGCUCACUAACAGAUGUGGUCACAGAAACGUGUAUGGAUGAAGCACAGAUUGCUGCUGUUUGCAGAGAGUGCUUGCAAGCGCUUGAGUUCCUACAUGCCAACCAGGUCAUCCACAGAGACAUUAAGAGUGACAACGUGCUGUUAGGAAUGGAUGGAUCAGUUAAACUAACCGACUUUGGUUUCUGUGCUCAGAUCACCCCAGAGCAGAGCAAGCGCAGCACUAUGGUUGGAACUCCUUACUGGAUGGCUCCUGAAGUGGUCACACGGAAAGCAUAUGGCCCUAAAGUGGAUAUCUGGUCUCUGGGCAUCAUGGCUAUUGAGAUGGUGGAAGGAGAACCCCCGUACCUCAAUGAAAACCCCCUGAGGGCUUUAUAUUUGAUAGCAACUAAUGGCACACCAGAGCUGCAGAACCCCGAGAAACUGUCCCCGAUAUUCCGGGAUUUCUUGAACCGAUGUUUGGAGAUGGAUGUGGAGAAAAGAGGAUCAGCCAAAGAAUUGCUACAGCAUCCCUUCUUGAAACUGGCCAAACCUCUGUCUAGCUUGACGCCACUGAUCUUGGCAGCCAAAGAAGCAAUGAAGAGUAACCGCUAACAUUACUGCCACAGCCUUCAUCCUUUUUUUUGUUUGUUUGUAUUUUACAAAUCUUUAUAAUAUAUGAAAUUGUUACACUUCUGGGGGGAGGGAAGGGAUUUUGGGGGCAGGGGGAAACAUCUGCAAAAGGGAAGAUACUCUCAUCCAGAAGACACCCAAAACAAAUCGUGGUGAUUCUAGCGAUCCCUGUCUGGGGUCCAGAAGGAAUUGAGGACUGAAUUACUGGCCUUUUUUUUUUUUUUCUUCUUUUUUUUUUUUUCUUUUUUCCCUUUUCUGUAGACAGCCCAGAAAUGCCACUUACUGUGCCCUGGGUUUUAAGGGUUUUAAACGACUUUGCUGUAACAGCUCCCAUUCAUUGUACCCUUCUGGGUACUUUCAAUACUUGAAUGACAGAUUCAAGCUUUCAGAGAGCAGUACUAAUUUUACCUGCUGAUCUCUUUCACUCUCCUCUUCCUCCCCUCUACCUGUUUACUUUUAAAUUGCUCUAGCAAGCUCUGAUAUGACUAGAUUCAUGGCAGGUGUGACAAAUGUGAAGGUACAUCUUGCCCCUCGUUUCUUUUACAGAUUAGCUGUUACUGUACUGUAGAAUUGACAACUUGGCUACUUAAGAAAUCUUAUUGAGAUGUGUUUUGCUUUUUAAAAUGAAUAUGGAGAGAGGGGGAAGAGAUUCAGAGAUAAGAGAAACAGAUUCAGCUGUUUCUCAUAUGCCUGUGCUCUGUGGACUUUUAAUCAAAGAUGUGGUCUCUUUGUAGAAGCUUAAUGAUUGGUCAAGUCUUUGGAUGUCUGUUUAUGGAUAUGUAGGUAGGGGUCAGAUAUUUUAUUUAUGAUCAAAUGAUCAGCUAUAGUCAGGGCAAGAAAAAAAUUCCAGCUGUCUUCCUGUCUGCUCUUUUUUUUUUCUUUUCUUCCCCUAUUAGACUUGCUGGCCAGAAGCUUAAGGGAUAAUGUGCUUGGUGCGGUGGGUGGUUCAAAAACGUGUAUUGUAUCUGCUCUGACUUGGGCUUUGGAAGUUAUGCUGGUGCCUUUGACUUUUUUAUUUUACGUUUCCCUUCUUUGUAUCAAAUACAUUUUUGUAUAUGUUGUAAUUUUUUCCCCCAAGCAAAUAAUGCAUCAACCUAUGGAGUUGUCAGAAUUUAAGUAUUAGAGCUAUUUUUUUCCAAUUUUGUAUGUGCUCCAUUUGUACUAAUGAAAUCUGAAGAACAAAUAAUGCCAGAUCUGAGGAUACUGAAGAUACAGGAUUUUUAAAAAUACUAUUCCAACAGAAGAUCAUGAACACCUGGAAAUGCCAAAGCGUGGUUCUGAGGAGACGAAAGCUGAGAGGGGAGAACAGUGCCAUCGGACAUCCAUGGGGCUUAUUUGACUGGCCAGUUCUAGGCUGAGGAGCCGUGAUGUGUCACACCGAUCCCUCCUCACUCAAGAUGUUGUACCAGCUGGAAUGUCUGAAAUCAAAUAUUCAAUGCAAGAAAAAGUGCCUCCCUCUGAAGGACAGUGAGCAACUUGAGCAGUUGAGUUCUUGGGAUGUUACCAGGGGCAAGUGUAGAAGAGCCUGUCCCCCGGCUUCUUCUAGUGUUACAGUACGUGCAUUUCUACUUCCCCAGCGGUUUAACGAAGAGCCAGCUGUAGUUACAAUGUGCCAAACGAUUCUGUGAAAGAACAACCAUUACUUUAGUGGGAUUUUAAUUGCAUUCCCAGUGGGGCAGGACCUGGGACGAGAGGGUUAUGGCUGGGUAUGGACAGAGGACCCUGAAUAAAAAUUUUUUGCACAAUUUUACAAGCAUUGCUGGCAGAAGAUAGAAGUAAUUUUCAGAUAAUUUCAGUGUUUGUAUAGCAAUAGAGAUAACUACAUUUUGGGGACUGGUAGCCAAGGUAUGACAAAACCAACUUCCAGCCGAGAGAGUGGCCAGCCAGAACAGCAGAGGCUGUUUGUGUUAGCGAUGGAGGGAAAGCGGGGCUAGGGUCUGGCAGUGUCUGCUGCGACUCGCUGGCUUCUAGGAAAUGGUGUGGUACCAACCAGAUGCCGUGUUGUGCAGGGCGCUGCAGUAUUGCAUUCAGCUUGUGUGGUCGUCAAAAUUUGCGUUGGAUAAAUUAACCGCUCCAUCAAAGGAAUAAAUCCCUCUAGCUGUAAGUGUAAGAAUAAUUAUGGUUUUAAAUUCCAGGAAGUGUCUCAUUCCAGGCAAGUAAAUCUAGAUGCGUUUCCCAGGCAAAAUGUGUUAUGAGCCAUGGACACUGUAAACACUGUGUAAUGGUGGGGAAAAAAACCCACCCGGUUUGAGUGCGUCUGGCUCCCUGAUCAAAUGAAGUAGCGAGGAGGCUUGGCUGAGAAAAAUAAAAAACCCUGUCAUACCAAUGAUUCCCUCUUUGUCCAUUGCUGGCAGUGGACUUUGUGAAACUCCUUGUGCCAGAGUUAAACCAGGAGCUUUUCUUUCCUUCUUUCUUUUUUGUCUUAUUUUUUGAUGGCACAAUCCAGACAGUAAGAUAACUUGUGAUUAAAUGUAGGGGGUUUUAAAAUAGAAAAACAAGAAAUCAUAAGUAAUUUUAACUUAUUAGUUCACUUUUAUUGAUGAAUGAGAACAGUUUAAAACAUGUGUUACAAAAUUUGUCCAAUUUAGUCUACUUAGGAGAUAAUUUCCAAACUUUCGGCUGUCUUAGCACACAAAACUUGGCCCAGCCCAGAAGUUACCAGAACAUACCUUGAUGCUUGCUGUGUGACCUGCAGUGGCAUUUAGCUCUGAAGUUGAGAAGUGUCCACACCUCCCCUUCCCCAUGCGACAAUUUUGUUGUUACGUGGUGAAGUUUCUCACCCCCUGCUGCCAGAAAUCGGGGUCAGAGAUGGAGCUGGCAGGAGAGGAGAGCCAGGAGGAGGUUGCUGCACUGUGCUUUUGUGUCCUAGUGGGUCGGGCAUUGCUUUUCUGUCAGCUGGAUGUGUCUGCAAGAUAAAAACAUGCAAGCUGUGUUUUUGGUUUUGGUUUUUUUUUUUUUCCCCCUGAAGGGAGCAGAUUAAUGCCCUUAAAACUUGCUGCAGGGCUGUUCACCUGCGCCAGUUUGAGUAGAUGGUGGUAAGGGAAGGAUUGCAUCUGCAAGUGCUGGGAUUCGCGCUCUCUCAGGAUCCUGAGUCAGAUCCUAAUCAAAUAUGCAUGUGAUACCUAUGAAGUGUAAUGUGCAGCGGUGUGGUUAGUUGGGUAUAUGGAGCCAGGCGAAUUACGGCUGAGUUGCAAGUGUGUAGGGACUGUGUGACUCCUGGGAUUUUCUUGUUAGCAUAGAAUAAAAACCAGACUUUUUCGUUAAAAGCAACCAUGGCGCUGGGAAUGUGCACUUUGACCUGCCUUAGGUGUUAAUGAGACUAAUUGUAGGCUUCUUCCCCCCACCCCGGUGCAGGGAGAUGUAAAUGUGUGGCUGGAGCAGAUGGGAAAGGCCUGGUCCUUGUGUCUGGGGGACGGUGGAUGGGCUGGGGAGGGAGCAAGAAGGUUGUUAAGGGUCUCUCCAGCUGGAGUUGAAUAAAUAAAUGUCUCUGGUCCGGUUUUUCCCCUCUGUUCCUCACGCUGUCAAUGGAAAUGGAAGUAGGUGCAAGCUUUCUUUUUAUUUUUUUAACUGUCUUCAGAUUUUAAUGUUGCCUUUUGUGUAAUUUAAUCCCGUUAUGUUAUUUAAUUGUUACUGCAAUAUUAACUACUGUAUUUGUUGACUUUGUUUUAAUAACUGUUCUUUCAGGGCUAGAAAUAAACUUUUAAAAAACAUUUGGGUGUUUUCCCCCCUUCCCCGUCAUGAAUUUUAUACAUUUUAAGACAAGAGUAACUGAAAAGAGUCCGGGUUUAGAUGUCUUAAUGAGAUUAACAGAAUGUAUUUGUUUGUAAUUAAGGUUCUUACAAAUGCUUUAAUUAUCAUGGAUAUCAUUUUAUGCUAUGCUAGCCUGUUUCUUUUAAAAUCUGAUUCCUCACCAGUGUCUGUACCAACCUCAUGAUAACCGCAAGCUUUCCUUGCUGCCACGCGCUGCUGGCAGAUGGUUACGCCUCCCGCAAAAUGGUCCGGAUCGCUGACUGGUGGAGGGCAGCUCUGAAAACACCCUUCUCACCUGCCGCGGAAGAGAGAUCCGUUGCUCUCCUUGCAAAGGGUGUGAAGCAAAGACCAGCCUACUUCGUCACAGUCGCCUCUUCCACCAUCCGUUCACCGUAAGGUAGCCUUUUGGUAGCCGCUGGGGUGGGACUGAUGGGCCAGUAAACUGCAAUCGUGGCAAUAUGACGAUGUUCCACUAACUAUUCCGAACAAGACUGCUUUAUUGCACCGUGAAUAUCAUCCAGUAUCCCACAUGUAAACGUUACGGCACAGGGAACAUGGGGAACGAGCUGUCCUGGUUCCUGCUUGGAAGACGUGGCUCUUGGUUCCGCACCGUCAGCGUUUGACCGGCAGAGCCGAAUGGGGCGAGGACGCUGGGUGUCAGCAGCUCGCCCAGGACUUGGGAUGGGAUCGAUGGUGCCUUGUGGUAGGCUGCGGAGACUUGCUCAUGUUUUUCAUCGAAACUAUGAAAAAAAAAUGCUGUGGUGUGUUGGUGUGGCAGUCUAGCUAAAGAACAGGACAUCUAAACAAAUUUACUUUGGGGUUGAGACCAGUUGAAAUCCAGAUGAAGUUUCUGCCUCGGUUGUGAAUGUCAAGGACUCAUCGUGUCGUGUGUUUCCCACGUGUGAUCGGGAAAUCGUCUGUUCCCCUUUCUUGCAUGUUGUACAAGCUUUGCUCAUACCACUGACAAAGGGAAAUGAAGAAACCACUCGUCUUCAGAAGCCUUUUCAACCAGACACGAGAAUGUUGUUUUGCACAAAGCACUGUCUCUUCAGGUUAAUUUGUUGUAGUAUCUUUGUCUUUAUAUAUAAUUGACCCUUUAUGCAUUUAAACUGAUCUUCUCUAACACUGCA